AUGAAGGGAACAAUAGCAGUCGAAGAAGCCAUCAUUGACCCGGCAGGCGUCGAAGCGCAUACGUUUGCGCAGUUCCAAUCGCUGAUGCGCCCAGGGAGCGAUCAAACGUCAGGACUGUCAGCUCACGAGCAGCGCUUGCUGGAUAUCCAUGGCGAUCGUCUCAAGGCCAUGGAUGAGCAUGGAGUGGAGUAUAUGUUGUUGUCGUUGACCUCGCCAGGAGCACAAGGGGAACCAGAUUCGGAGAAGGCCAAGAAGAUGGCGCAGAUUGCAAAUGACUAUCUUGCAGGCGAAGUGAAGAAGAAUCCGCGCAGGUUUGGAGCCCUUGCCGCGCUGUCGAUGCAUAAUGCGCAGGAUGCUGCAGAUGAAUUGAGGAGAGCGGUUAAGGAACUCGGCAUGUUUGGAGGGCUUGUCAAUGAUUUCCAGUCGAAGGGCGUGAAUGGCGAGGAGAAGGUGUACUUUGAUACAAGGGAUUAUGAUCCGUUCUGGGAGACGGUUCAAGAGCUGGACGUUCCGAUAUACUUCCAUCCACGGUACGCAAUUCAGCAGGACCUUCAGCCGGGAACCAAGUAUGGAGAUAGAAAGCAUCUCCUGGGCGCCGGCGUCCAAUUCCAUCUCGACCUUAGUUGGCAUCUCUACGCCAUCAUCUCUUCGGGCAUGCUAGACAGAUAUCCUCGGGUGCAGAUCGUCGCCGGCCACCUGGGAGAAGGUAUUCCUUUUAAUCUCUGGAGAGCAAGUCACUGGAUCAACCAUCCUUUCAAGCGUGGAUCGCGGCCGAUGAAGCAUGAUUACACGUACUAUUUCAAGCACAACGUUUCCAUUACGACUUCCGGCAAUUACAACACGCGCGGAUUGAAAUUUUGCAUCGCGGAGAUUGGUCUGGAUCGGUGUUUGUAUGCAAUCGAUACGCCGUACGAGACAGUAGAGGAAGGCCAAUCUUGGUGGCGAUCCGUCGAUCUUCCGGAGGAUCAGAAGGAGGCCGUCGCAAGAGGAAAUGCGAUUCGGUUGUUCAAGCUUCCGUUGGAGCUGUGA